GGUAACUUACAUGGCUUAGGCCAUGGGAAGAAUGACAUAUAUAUGGGGAGAGGAUGAUGAAGAAUAUCGGCCUGAAAGAUGGCUUGAGAAUGGCAUUUUUCAACCAGAGAGUCCUUUUAAGUUCGCCGCAUUCCAGGCCGGGCCUCGCAUCUGUCUGGGGAAGGAAUUUGCAUACAGGCAAAUGAAAAUCUUGGCAGCUGUUCUCCUCUACUUCUUCCAAUUCAGACUGGUGGAUGAGACGAAGGAGGCUACAUAUCGGACCAUGUUCACCCUUCACAUGGCUGGAGGGCUCAAUGUAUGUGCAUUUCCCAGGGCGUAACCAUGGACUGGAAAAUGUUUGUUUGACAAUUUUUCUUCGCUUUAUGUUGCCAAAUAUAUUUUUAUUGGUCAAAUUAUGCAAUUAGUCCAAUACUUUAAAGUGAUAGAUUUAGUCCUUUAUAAUAUUUUGUAAAAAUUAAAUUUUUAUAUUUUUCAAAAUUGACAAUGUCAGUUUAAUGUGUUA